AUGUCUUCGCCAAAUUUCCUUGAGUCGUCUCCAGUAUCUCUGAGUUCACAGCGCCGCCGUAAAUCUGCAUUCACGUACCGACACUUGGCUCAACUCGCGUCCUCCUCUACAUCAUGUCCGCUGCGUGUCAUCGCUCACAUCGACCUCGAUGCCUUUUACGCACAAUGCGAAAUGGUCCGCUUAGGUAUCCCACCGGAUAAACCACUCGCCGUUCAACAGUGGCAGGGACUCAUCGCAAUCAACUACCCGGCACGAGCCUUUGGGCUUAAUCGACAUGUCACCAUCACCGAGGCAGUCAAGCAGUGCCCGGAUCUGAUCAUGCAACACGUCGCUACUUGGAAAGAAGGAGAUGAGAAGUGGGCAUACCAUGAAGACUCUUUCAAGAACAUGGCGACACACAAGGUCAGCCUUGACCCAUACAGACUCGAGAGCAGGAGGAUUCUGGCUUUGAUCAAGGGCCAUCUGCCAGCCGCUCCUAUUUCUAAGGUGGAGAAGGCCAGCAUUGAUGAGGUCUUUUUGGAUUUGUCUACUCAUGUUCACGGUAUCAUGCUCGAAAGAUUCCCAGAACUGAAAGGUCCUGCACCAUACGAUGAUCCCACAGAACAACUACCUCGACCUCCAACCACUGCGUUGGAGUGGCACACUGAUGCGUUGAUUGAUUUGGACUCAUCCGAGACUGAGGAUGACGAUCCAGACUGGGAUGAUGUUGCUAUGGUCAUCGCUUCUGAAAUCAUACGAGGUGUUCGAGCCAAAAUCUUCGAAGAUCUGAAGUACACAUGUUCGGCCGGAGUUGCACGAAACAAGAUGCUCGCGAAGCUCGGGUCCGCUCACAAAAAGCCGAACCAGCAAACCAUCAUCCGCAACCGGGCUGUAAACCACUUCUUGAGUGACUUCAAGUUCACCAAAAUCAGGAAUCUCGGUGGUAAACUUGGAGACGAGAUUGUCGCAGCAUUCAGCACAGACACAGUCAAAGAGUUGCUCGAAGUACCUAUCGAACAGCUCAAGAAAAAGAUAGGUGAUGAUACUGGUACAUGGCUCUACAACAUCAUUCGUGGCGAAGACCACAGUGAAGUCAAUCCUCGGACGCAAAUCAAGUCGAUGCUCAGUGCUAAGUCAUUCCGACCUUCUAUUAACACCUUAGACACAGCUGUGAGAUGGAUCCGCAUUUUCGUUGCCGACAUUUUCUCUCGACUAGUUGAAGAAGGCGUCUUGGAAAACAAAAGACGACCAAAGACUCUCAACCUGUACCAUAGACAAGGGGCACAGACCAGGAGUAAGUCGGCUUCUAUUCCGAUGGGAAAGACAAUGGAUGAAACUCUGCUUUUCGACCUUGCCAAGGGACUGCUUGCUCAGGUCGUUGCCGAAGGCCGAGCAUGGCCGUGUGCAAACCUCUCAUUGAGUGUUAGUGGUUUUGAAGAAGGUGUGACCGGCAACAAAGGUAUUGGCGGGUUUCUACUGAGAGGCGAGGAAGCAAAAGCAAUAUCAGCUGCCCUAAAAGAACCAUCAGAUCUACGCAAUCCGGAGACUCCUCCUCCAAAUAAGCGCAGAAGAGUUGAGGGAAGUGGCAUACAGCGCUUUUUCGGAGCCAGACAAGAGAGUUCAGGCGGUCAUUCCGAAAGAGAUGAGCAAAAUUUGCACAUGGAAGAUGAUGCGACGGAGGCUCAUAGUCCCUUCGAAGUACCUCCUUCUGCACAAGGAGCAUCGGACGAUAUGUUUGAAUCACAUGCAGAUAAGCAAAGCGGACGUCCAGAUGAUGACAUUGACCGGUAUACUUGCUCUCGAUGUAACAGUAUGUUACUCGUCACUGAACAAGGCGAACAUGAUGAUUGGCAUUUCGCAAAAGAUCUGGCGGCUGACCUUGCAGCGGAGGAAAGGGCAAAUGCAGCAUCGCGGGAACAGAGUCGGCCUUCAAGUGCGAAUACGAGUACUCAACCUAAGAACAGAGGGCGAGGGCGACCACCAAGCGUUCCGAAGGCAGAGAAAGGUCAAAAGAAGUUGAAGUUUGGUUAA